AUGGGCGAGAAAACACCGCUCCUACUACCGCACGUCUCCGACGGACUGCCCGUGGUCGAGCCCCUUCGAUACUCCGAAACAUGGACAGCGGCAGACAUGCUGUACCGCGCGUUCGAGAAAAACACCGAGAAGCGUUACUUUAACGACGCCGACUUCGGGCCGCACAUACGGGCACGUCGCGACAAGCCGCACGUUUGGUGGCCGCUGCUCCUGCUGGUGCGCGCGCAGAGAGCUCUGACGGUCGACCACGGAAACGCGCUGCUGUCUUACGCUCGACCUGGGGAGAAAACGCCCGGCGGAUGGCUCGUGAAUCUGCUGAGGCCCCUCAUACGGCUUGCGAUGCCAAAGGAGUGCAGAAAGCGGAGGAACGAGUUCGUCGAAGCGAUGAAGAGGCUGGAAGAGGAGGCGUUGGGCGACAGGGCGAAGGAGAUGUUCACGCUCGCGGGGCUCGGGACCGCGCCGGAAGCGCAGGGGAAAGGGUACGCGAGCGCGCUGGUGCGGUGUCUGCUCGCGAUGGCGGACGCGGAAGGACGAGCGACGUCCGUGAUGACGACUGAUGCAGCUGGCUUUUAUGCGUUGCAUGGUUUCGUGCUGGUUGGCGAGACCUGGAUUGCGAAGGACAAUCCGAAGUACGAUGGUCCACCGGUGCCUGUGCGCGUUAUGAUUCGGGAGGCAAGAAAGACGGGAUAA